UUUCCCCCGGUACCCUGUUCAGUCUCCGCUUCCUCUUCCCCAUUCAUCCUGAACCUCCGUGUACCUUCCGUUAUCCCUCUGUAAUUAAAAAGGGGCGAUUUGUAUGACUUUUACUCAUUUAAAACGACAGUGAAACGGGACUGUCCUCUGUCCGGCUUGUACCACAUAAGGACCGCUAUUCCGUCGUCUCCGCGCCGCUCCAAACCCUGGCCAUGGAAAAUACCAAACUGCCUCCAUCCAGCCCUUCGUCGCCGACCACGGGCUUCUCGGUGCCGAGCGCGGAGAAGGUGGAUGGCUUCCCACGGCGGUCGAUGCGCCGGGCCCGGCAGCGACGCUCUCACAGCUCCUCGCAAUUCCGCUACCAAAGCUCCCAGGUUGAGCUGACUGCCCUCCCGUUGCUCAAAGAUGCCCCCGCAGCAGAGCUCCACGACCUCUUCUGCAAGAAGCUGCAGCAGUGCUGCGUGCUCUUCGACUUCCUGGACUGCGUGGCCGACCUCAAGGGCAAGGAAGUGAAGAGGGCAGCGCUCAACGAGCUGGUGGAGAGCGUGGCCACCGGGCGCGGCGUGCUCAUCGAGCCGCUCUACCCUGAGGCCAUCAAGAUGAUUUCAGUGAACAUCUUCCGCACCCUGCCGCCCAGCGAGAAUCCCGAGUUCGAUCCUGAGGAGGACGAGCCCACCCUGGAGGCCUCCUGGCCACAUCUCCAGCUCGUCUACGAGUUCUUCCUCCGGUUCUUGGAAAGCCCAGACUUUCAGCCCUCCAUAGCCAAGCGUUACGUGGACCAGAAGUUUGUCCUCCAGCUGCUGGAGCUAUUCGACAGUGAGGACCCACGGGAGAGGGAGUACCUGAAGACGAUCCUGCACCGCGUCUACGGCAAGCUACUGGGAUUGCGAGCGUACAUCCGCAAACAGAUCAACAACAUCUUCCUCAGGUUCAUCUACGAAACCGAACACUUCAGCGGAGUGGCAGAGCUGCUGGAGAUCCUGGGCAGCAUAAUCAAUGGUUUUGCCCUGCCGCUCAAGUCCGAGCACAAGCAGUUCCUGGUGCGGGUGCUGAUCCCUCUGCACACGGCCAAGUCCCUCUCCGUCUUCCACGCACAAUUGGCCUACUGCGUUGUGCAGUUCAUGGAGAAGGACGCGACCGUCACUGAAUACAUCGUCCGCGGACUGCUGAAGUACUGGCCGAAGACCUGCACCCAGAAGGAGGUGAUGUUCCUCGGGGAGAUGGAGGAGAUCCUGGAUGUGAUCGAACCCUCGCAGUUCGUCCGGGUGCAGGAACCCCUCUUCAAGCAGAUCGCAGCUUGCAUUUCCAGCCCCCACUUUCAGGUCGCCGAACGGGCCCUGUACUUCUGGAACAAUGAGUACAUCCUGAGCCUCAUCGAGGAGAACUGCCAGGUCAUCCUCCCUCUGGUCUUUUCCACGCUCUACAGAGUCUCGAAGGAGCACUGGAACCAGACCAUCGUGUCACUCAUCUACAACGUGCUGAAGACCUUCAUGGAGAUGAACAGCAAGCUGUUUGACGAGCUCACCGCCUCUUACAAAGUAGAGAAGCAGAAGGAGCUGAAGCGAGAGCGCGAACGGGCAGAACUGUGGAGGGAACUGGAAGAGCAUGAGCAGAGGAGGCUACAGAGUUUGGGCGAGGCCAGCCGGAACCAGAGGAACCUCCAGGACAGACCACCUCCGGCCCAGAUCGAGCCCACCCCCAGCAGCCCAAACACCACCUAGACCA